CCUCACCCCCUACCCCUACGCCACGCCCUCCAAUCUUCUCUUCCAAAAAGUUUGUUAUGCAAAUCCAACGGCUGACUUCACUCUAAUCCGAAGGUUGAACAAGUAAAUUUAGAUUCUUGAUUACAAGUAAUAUUUUUUUUUUUUUGGUUUUUGGUUAGCUGUGUUAUGUGUAGUACUUGGUCUAAGUCAAUGAACAGCUCCUCCUUUUGAGUUUCUCUGUUGCUUGAUAAUAAAGACCCAACAAACCCCAGGUGAAAAUUGGGGCAAAAUUAAGCAGGAAGAAGAAGAAGGUUUGGUGAAUGGGGACUCUCACCUGAAUAAUCAUUGUCAUUGCGCUUAAAUAAGGAUAAUGGGUACCCCUAAAGAAGAGGCAACAGAUGAAGUUUUCUCCGAGAGUUUAGAGCAGAAGCCGGACCCUGACCCUGCAACUAGCAAAUCAGAGUUAAAAGAGACAACCAGCAAAUCGAUUUCUGGUGAGCUGCAGAAGAGGCUGAGUCAAUGUGAUAAAGGGAUUAAUAUGUCACAAUCCAAUCAAGAAGCUAUUUCUCUUUCUAGAGUACAAGAGAAUCAGUCAGAAAAUGUGCAGAAGCAACUGGGUCUUAAAAGUGAGGCUGAUGCAUCCGGAUCUAGUCAACUUUCUAGCUUCCCAAAGGACUCAGAUGCAAAAUCACGUGGAUCAGAGUCUAGUGUAAAAGACAAAGUGGUUUCCAUGUUAUCUGGUAAGGCUUCAGAUUCUUCAGAUCAAAUGCAAACUUCGAACAUGGAGGUUUUUGUAUCACAGUCUGAUCAACAACGAGUUAGUUAUCAUAUAAAGCGUGAGAAAGUUUUGGAUAAGUUGCAACCAAGGCGGAACCCAGACACUAGUGUCCAUGGCUUGACGUCUGAUCAAGGAAUGACUCUCAGUAAGGCACCUGAAAAACCAUCAGAAGAUGGAUAUAACUGGCGAAAAUAUGGUCAGAAGCUUGUGAAAGGAAAUGAGUUUACUCGGAGUUAUUACAAGUGCACAUACCCUAAUUGUCUAGCAAAAAAGCAAGUGGAGAGAUCACAUGACGGGCAUAUUACAGAUAUCCACUAUAUUGGGAAGCAUGAACAUCCGGAAACUCUAAGUGUUCCCCAGAUGUCCCCCGAGUUGGUACUCCCUUUGCAAAUGAUACAACAAGACAUUCCAAUUAUCACUGCAUUAGAAGCUGAAGGUGAGAAAUCUACUACGCCCCGAGAAACAUGUGAACCUAGUAAGCCAUCAGAAGUCCCGCUUGCGUUGGACGUUGUAUCAGCUUGUGGUGGUGUGAAGGUUACGCCUUUGAAGCAACAUAAAUUAGAAAAUGAGGUCGAUAAGGAUGAUGUUCCAGACUCAAAAAGACAAAAAAAGGACAUAGUAGCUACAGAUUAUACUCCACCUGUUAAGUCCCAUAGUGAACCACGACACAUUGUUCAGACCAUGAGCGAAGUAGAUAUAAUCAAUGAUGGUCAGCGCUGGCGCAAAUAUGGGCAAAAAAUUGUAAAAGGCAAUCCAAACCCGAGGAGUUACUACAGAUGUUCAGUUGCUGGUUGCCCUGUGAAGAAGCAUGUGGAGAGGGCAUCCCAUGAUCCAAAAUUGGUCAUUACAACAUAUGAAGGACAUCAUGUCCAUGAUUUCUCAACUUCUAAGGCUAUAGGCCAAAUUUCAGCGGCACCUGAUACCGGUACAGCAGGCGUACGUGAAGAUUCCAGAAUUGAAUCAGGUGAAAACAAACAUGUCGUAGUGUCCAAAUCUGAAUCAGGUGAAAACAAACAUAUCAGAGAGCCCAAAACUGAAGCAGGUGAAAACAAACAUGCCGGAGAGUCCAAAUCUGAAUCAGGUGAAAACAAACAUAUCAGAGAGCCCAAAACUGAAGCAGGUGAAAACAAACAUGUCGGAGAGUCCAGAAUUGAAUCGGGUGGAAACAAACAUGUUGAAAAGUCCAAACCUGAAUUGGGUGGAAACAAACAUGUUGGAGAGUCCAUACCUAAACCAGGUGGAAACAAACAUGUUGGAGAGUCCAUACCUGAAUCAGGUGGAAACAAACAUGUCGGAGAGUCCAUACCUGAAUCGGGUGAAAACAAACAUGUUGGACUUGACAUGGCUGUUCAUAUUGGUGCAAAUUGAAUAUCAACCAUCUGAUGCAAAGCAAUCAAUUUAUCCAGAAGUAGAGUUCCUACAGCACUUGUCUUCAAAUCUCACAAAUUUCUUCAGUUAUUCUCUUCCAGAAGGGGAGAAAAGAAGGUUACAUUUCUAUAGGUACACUUCUUAACUCGUUAUUGGCGAUGGAGGUGUGUUAUCGUAGAUUCACUGUAUAAAUUAUGUUUCUUAGCAAACGGGAAACAAAUGUUAGGUUUUACCAUAAAUAACCAAAUUAUUGACUGUUGA